AGUCAAGCCUUUAUAGAUGAAGCAUGUUCUGGAGCAGCACGCGAUUAAUUGGUCUGCUGUUUUCCAGCUAUUUUUCACUCUUACAUGAAAGUUUUAGCCUUUUGCUUUUUCUACCAGUUUGCAAUUUAUAUAAAAUAACAUGUUUUAAGAAUGCACAGUUUUUCAUUAAAUACUCAUAGAAAAACUUUCCACCUACAUGCUGCUGUUUCUCAUAAUACGGUCUGGCAGCUUUAUGCAUGAUUUUGCUGCGCUGGACUGAAUAGUGGGAAGCAUUGAGGGUAUGACAUUUACUUUUUGAGCGUUUUUAGGAUAGUUCCAAGUGUGUCCAAGGACUGUGUCUGAGAGAGAAUAUGAAACUUGCCAUUUACCUGUUGUCCCGAGACACCUUUGAAAAACUGCAUUGUGAAAUUAAUUAAAUUCCAUUCUGUAAACCCCUGCAGGAUAAUGUUUUGCUACAGGUAUAUUUUGCUAUAGAGUUCUUAAUUGUUUUAAAGCAUCUACCCGUUUAAAGAAGAGGUAUGUCAUGCUAUGUCAGAAGCUUGCUGUUUUCAUGUAGUUGAAGGAAUCUGCGAAGUAUUUUGAGGCCCAAUACUUGCCGUGUAGCCUGCGCAGAGUAUUCGUGGUUUAUGAAAGAUUAAGCAGCUGUUAAAAUGUGUGCUUUUUGUUUUCCAGAGACCACCGUUUUAUCUUUGUCCUGCACGGCCUUACGUGUUCAUCAGCGGGGACGUAACAUGGAUUAAGAAGAGCUGGCUUCAAGUCAGGCUGUGUUCUUUCGCAGUAACUGUUUGGCCCGUUUCGAGCGUGCAGCGCCUGCGUCCGUGUCUGCGGAGCGAUGAAGGCUUUCUGGGGCGGAUAAUCCUACGAUGACGUUCACCUGAGCGCUCGGCGUUCUUACAGCGCACGUCGGCGGGGACGCCGCUUUAUAGCGAAGAGACGCGCUAGCGUCUUUACAGAGGACGCCAUUCAGGUCCUUGUAACUGAACACAAACGGACCAUGCCUCUUCCAGAAACCAUGUUUUGUGCUCAGCAGAUCAAAAUCCCCCCUGAGCUACCUGAUAUUCUGAAGCAAUUUACUAAAGCUGCUAUUAGGACUCAACCUCAUGAUGUUUUGCAGUGGGCAGCUGCGUAUUUCUCAGCGCUGUCAAAAGGCGAGCCCCUUCCUGUGAAGGAGAGGAUUGAAAUGCCUUUAGCAGCAGAGAAAACAGAUGCUGGUUUGACCCCAGGACUCCUUAAAGUCUUGCACAAACAGCUUUCUCCCAAAGGCACAGUGAAUGUUGCAGAACUGAAGGAAAAAUGGAAGCACUUGUGCUUGCCAGAGGAGCAGCUGAAAGCUAUCCUGCAGCUGGGUGACUUUGGCGAGGAGGUGGAAUGGAUGAAGGUUCUGGCGCUUGGGUGCAGCGUGCUCGGCGGGUCCUUACUGAGUUCAAUGAAACAUGCCUGCGAAAUCUUAACAAGGGACCCAGAAGGUGGAGCGGCUCGCGUUCCCUUCGAAACGUUCUCGUUCCUCUACUCGUAUUUGGCCAGUAUCGAUGGAGAGAUACCAGAGGAGAAAACUGAAGCGUUCCUCCACGGAAUUAAAGAACAAGCUGACCAACAAACUGGCAUGGUGCUGCUUAGAAACUUUCUGACCCAGCCCUCAAGACCGUUUUGAUCAAGCCUACUCUUCAGCACCAGGUGAGAGAAAAAAACCCAAACAAAUAAAUACAGGCAAGAAAAUAAUUUGUGUUCAAAGGACUGAUACUUGCACAUUACAAUACAAGAAGAUCCUCUUCUCUGGCAGUUCUUUAUCCCACUCCUGCAAUCGCCCUUCAGUGGAUGUUAAUUGAAUACAUGGUUACUCUGUUCUCCUGCCUCCCAAAUACUGAUGCUCACACCUAGGGUGUGAUACCUUCACUCACCCGUUUAUACCGAGUAGAAGGUAUUUGGUAUGGAUCUUCCUACCUGUACUUUGUAAGUGAUUGAUUGUAAGAAAAGAAGUAAAACACAGGAUUAAAUUGAGAGAGGACGGGACAGCUAUGAUUGAUUGGUGCAUUUCUCAUUACACUUCUGGUAGCACUGCCUUUUUUUUUUGACUCUUGCACAAAUACAGCUUGUCUUUUGACUACCUUGUCUGCAUGAACACACUCUACUGAACAAAUAGUUUUACGAAGCCUUACUCAAGAGAACUUCAUGAGAACCCUGUGGCUGAGCUGGUAGAAGAAACAUCAACUCAAGAAAGGACUGCAAUGGUUCUGUAUUGUUCCCCCUCUCAUUAGGACCCUUUCAGAACUUAAGUAUCUUUUCCCAUUCUUAGAUGGACUUGUCUAAUUAAGGAUCUCUUUUAAAGUACAUCUUGUUUUCUGACAGGAAAAGUUACUGCAUUUGUCAUGUAGGUGAGUAAUGCCUGCCACAGAGGUCAGCUUGAGUUUGAGCUGAACAGCUGUAGUAGGUACAGAAGUCUAAAUCAAUCGGAACUAGACUAAGUAGUGACAGUUAAUCACAUUUAAUUGCAGAAAUGAUUGAGGUAAGAGACAGGAUACUAGCGGCUACAGUAAAACUGGAGAGUCCAUUGCCAGGGAAGGCCAAACCCAGGAGCAUAUGGAGCACCGUUUCCUGGCAACUUGAAGAGAAGGAAGUAUUGUAGGAAAGAUGGAUCUGCAAGCUUGUUCUUUUAUAGUUGCUGACUUCAUGGAGGUGACAAGCUUGGCUGAUGAUGACUCACCUUGCUGUAGUAGCUUGUGUGAGGAAUUAACAGAACUAGAAAUUGGUAUGAUAAAAAUCGCACUGAAGUUAAGUGGAAUCCUCGUGCACACCCUUACUACAUACAUGUACAUCUUGCAUCUAACUGUUUUAUCAGCCUCUAUCACUAAUACUUGUACGUCAGUCUACAGCAUGGGAACUUCUCCUAGUUAUUUCUGGAAGGAAAUGGGUAUUGCAGUCAGCAAUAUUACACUCCCCACUAGUUUGUGGAGAGCUAGGUCCUCGUCAUCUUUGCCAGAUGACACUGAUCCUAAAUUUCUUUGAGCAUGAGCUUGGGAACAGUAACUUUCCCAUUCUUGUCCCUUCACCACUAGCUGCAGCUGGAGAUGUUUUAGCCUGUUGGAGAACUCUGCAGUCUGCCCCCUGGUACCUGCUGUAACUGGGCAGUCAGUGCUGUCCUUGCAGAACACAGCUCCCCGAGGUGACAGUGUCAGGCGGGAGGGUAGGAGAGGAGCUCUCUUCAUGCCCCUUCCAUUUGUAAUUGAUCUGAGACUCCAGGGAUGAGCUCUGUUCUAUAUCCACUAACUGUGGGCCAGGAACAACUCAGUACAGCCUCUCACAGAUUUCAUUCUCAGCCUUGUCAGACUGAACUCAAACAGAUGAGAGAGAUCAAUAUCAUUUAUGAAUAGAUGCAUUAGUGUUACAGAUUUACACACUUUCUGGUAUAUACUGCUUCCAUCCUGACAAACCUUAACACAAUUCCAUUUUUGUCUCCAAGCACAGCUGUGAUGCAACACCAAUAUUAUGUACAAAGUGUUACUGUCCCUGGCACAACAGCAGUAACGGUAGUUCCUGCGCAAGUAAUUUUUUGAAAAGCUGACAAAAAAAUCAGGUUCUUGUUUCUACUUUCUUCUUUUAUGGCUGUGAUACUUGUCUUCAUCCCUGAAACAAAACCACAAACAUUAUGUGGGCUGUUAGGCUCAGACUGACAGAAUCUGAAGGAAAAUAAAAAACUGACUUGGAAAAUAAAACACUUUCAUUAAAUGUAAUCAUGUCCCCUUCUAAGGAAAGAAAGUAAACUACUUUAAGACAGUUUAUUUCCCAUGCUGUUUUAAGCAAAGCCUUGUCAUGCAAUGCCAUAGUGGUAAUUAAUUUAGCAUGAAUCACAUCACUGCAUAAUGAAGCCAAUUUUGAGAAGCAAUCAUUCCCAGCCCUGCAGUAAUCUACAGCAUUUCUUCUGCAUGACAUUUAAGUCUUUGCUCAAACCCAGGUCCCAGACAUGUACGGUCUUGCGGAUACAAAUGUGCCCUUGUUGAUGGUAUUAGAAGGUGUGGCCUAGAUUUGUCUUCUUUUGCCUAAAAGUAUGUCCAGAACUACUGAAGAGCAACAGCAUUGUUCUGAAGCAUCUGCCAUGGAAAAGCUAGUCAAGUGAUCAUACGUAUAUAUGUUACUAGUGAAACAAAUAACCCUACUGACUAAGUCCCAGUGCAACCUAGAGCAGAAAUCAGCACUGGACAGGAUGAGCACACUUAGUUGGUUAAAUGGACAAUACGUCCCCCUCUGCGUACGUUGAUCAAGGAGUAAAACAGCCUGUGACAGUACUGCGCUAACCCUGUAGCGUGCUGGUGGAAGUGUCACCUUUCAGGUAUGAGAGUAAAUUCUGAAGUCUGGAUCACAGUUUCUGAUCUCACAGCACGUUCUGUUUAGUAUCAGUAACCUCAUGACACUGGCUUGUUACACAGUAUAAUGAGAUGAGACUAGCUUUUAAAUUGGGCUAGAUGCUCUAAUUCUCUGCACUGAAUUCUCAUAGACAAUGGCUACGGCUGCCUGAUUCAGAAGCAGGAGUCAGCUGUCACUGUUGAUGCUCACCUCUCUCUUUUUCUCCGAGAAUCUCUUUCUUUGCCUCUUUCACGACUCCGUUUUCGUUUAUUUGGACUCCUGCUGGCCUCUCUCCUGUGUCUGCUGCGUUCAGUAUCCUUACAGCUUCCUCCGGAUUGCCGUGAGUCCACUGAAGCUGACCGCCGGUCUUCCUUUCUGAAAAAAAGGUUAUUGAUUUUAUUCAAUAAAAAUAGUUUCACAGUCA